GAGAGAGGACGUGGGAGGACUGCCAAGCAUUGAGCUGGGAGAAAACAAAGGGAGCUCAAGCUGGAGGUGGCUCUGGGGCCGGAGGAUCUGUUGAUCUGCACUGAAGUCUGCUCCCCAAGUUUUGGUUGCUGAGCAAACUGGGGGUGUCAGGAGUGUCCUUCAGCAAUAGGUCAGCUUCGCACCUGUUCCCGGAUCCGGCCCUCAGAGGGACCUAGCAUCAUGGCAGAAGACGUCGUGAUUCAGGACAUGGUGACGUUCGAGGACGUUGCCGUCUCGUUCUCCCCCGAAGAAUGGGAGGUGCUGGAGGACUGGCAGAGGGAGCUGCACUGGGAGAUGAUGAUGGAAAACUACCGAAUGCUCAUCUCUCUGGGAAACGACCUCUACCUCCUUUCCUCGAGCGGAAUGUUCUGGAACACGUCGGACGAAGAAAACGUCCCCGUCGAGCCGCAGAGAGGUCCUGCGAUGGGGUUGCCGGAGACCUCGCCCCUUCGUAAUCUCGAGCGCCAAACAGAGAUGGAGGAGGCCUUCGUGCCGGAGCAGCAACCGGUGCCGAGGGGUGCCAGCCCUGCGGGGAGCCCGUAUCCCUGCCCGCUGUGUGAGCAGUGCUUCCGUGGCAGGAAGGAACUCGACCGGCACCAGAGGAGCAUCCACCUGGGGGACAAACCCCACGGGUGCGAGGAGUGCGGGAAAGCCUUCCGAGACAAGAGCGACCUUCGCGUCCAUCAGAGAAUCCACACGGGGGAGAAGCCCUUCCCCUGCGAGGUCUGCGGCAAAUCCUUCCGGGAGAAAAGCAAGCUCAUCGUGCACCAGAGGAUCCACACGGGGGAGAAGCGCUGCGUUUGCCAGGAGUGCGGGAAAUCCUUCCGGGACAAGCAUUACCUGCGGGACCAUCAGAGAAUCCACGCGGGCGAGAGGCCCUACCACUGCGGGGACUGCGGCAGGAGCUUCCGGACGCGGAGCCAUUUCACCCUGCACCAGAGGAUCCACACGGGGGUCAAGCCCUACGUCUGCAACGAGUGCGGGAAGACCUUCGUCCAGAAGAGCAACCUCGUCAGCCACCAGAGAAUCCACACCGGAGAGAAGCCCUUCCCUUGCGAGGAAUGCGGGAAGAUGUUCCGGGACAGGAAAACCCUCCGGUACCACCGGAGGAUCCACAUGGGGGAGAAGCCCUACCCGUGCCAAGUGUGCGGGAAGACCUUCCGGGACAAGAGCAGCCUGACGGUCCACCAGAACAUCCACUCCGGGGAGAAGCCCUUCAUCUGCUGGGAAUGUGGUAGGAGCUUCCGGGAAAAGAUGUACCUGAAAGACCACCAGAGAAUCCACACCGGGGAAAAGCCCUUCUCUUGCCAGGAGUGCGGGAAGACGUUCAGAGCCAAGAGGACCCUCACGUACCACGAGAGGAUCCACACCGGGGAGAAGCCUUUCCCCUGCCUGGAGUGUGGCAAGACCUUCCGGGGGAAGAGCAGCCUGACGGUACACCAGAGAAUCCAUUCGGGAGAGAAACCGUUUAUGUGCUGGGUCUGUGGGAGGAGCUUCCGGGAGAAGAUGUACCUCCGGGAGCACCAGAAAAUACACCUCGAGGAGAAGCCCUACCCCUGCGGGGAUUGCGAGAAGAGCUUCGUCCACAAGAACCACCUCAUCCGCCACCAGAAAUUCCACGUGGCCUUCUCCAUCCAGUGAAUACGGACGAUGCUGUAAGGACAGCGCCAGAGGACCCU